ACUAUUAUAAUUGAAACCACAAACAGUUGUAGUUAAAUUUUAAAUUUAAAAAUGAAGUUGACACUGAUUUUCCUCGUUUUACUUGUUGUUUUUGUUGCAUAUUUAGAAGCCCAGAAUUGUCGUGGCAAACCUCGUCUGCAUAAUUGCGCUGGAGGUGGAAGUAUAGGACGUGGUGGACGUCGUUGCCGACGCAAUUCAAAUCGCUACAUGUGGUACUUCAAUAGCCACAGUAGACAAUGCGUAACGUUGCACUAUUUAGGAUGUGGAGGUAACGCUAAUCGGUUCUGCUCGAAGGCUUCAUGUGAAAGGUCGUGCCCAGUACUAGCUGGAUAGAGUAGAAAAAUGAACAAUAAAUAGUUUAUUUAAACUUAAAUAUAUUCUACAAGAUAUAA